GGACAUCUCUUUCGAUCACAACACCUUUAGGGAAGGUAGAGCAAUACAAAAAGCACCGUCUUACAGCUGAGGGGUAACUAAAUUUUUUGAUUCAAUACAAAUGUUCUUUUAUGUCAUCGUUAGGAUCUUCAGGGAAACUGAAGAUUCCUUUAUAGCCGAUUUGGCUGUUGGCCUUGGUGCAAGUCAGUUCAAGGCUGGUACUCCUUGUAGAGGGGAGCGGCUGGCAAAAUACAACCAGUUGCUUUGAAUUGAAGAAGAGCUUGGGGACUAAGCAAUUUAUGUUAGGGAAGACUGAAGGCCUUCAUCUUGAUCAUUAGGAACAGGUCUUAUUCUCCAUUGUAUUCAACAUGGUACACUGGCUCAGAGUUCUAUAUUUUCUGCAAGUGUUUUCUGUUCUGUAUUUUGGGUGAUGCUACCUAGACUUGAACCUUUGCUAAUGGGAAGUAAACAAGUAUAACUUGU